AUGGAGCUUCCUCCUACGAAGAAGGCCAAGAAACCUGACAGAUUCUUCAGCAAGGACUUCUUAGUGCAGCAUAUCAGCGACAUCAUUGCGUUCUACAAGCCGAGGGCACUGGAUGCGAGCGGCGGCUUCUUCCAGAGCUUUAAGAUCGAUGGGACGAAAUUCAACCCCGAUUUUCGGCAGAUCGUUUCGAGCGCUCGAAUGGUGAUCAAUUUCAUGUUGGCUGGAAAACUUCUGGGCGAUGCGGAGCUGUUGAAGAUUGGCAAACAUGGUUUGGAGUAUAUCGAGAAGGUGCACUAUGUGCCUGCAAAGCAAAGUUAUGCCUUCACAGUGCGACAACACAAACCGGAGGACAUGGUGGAGCAAGCUUAUGGCUAUGCCUUUAUCCUUGCUGCCCAUGCAGCCGCUCGAACGGCGGGGGUUGUGAAGGACAACAAAGACGUAGCUCGCGUCUUUGACAUGCUGGAGCGCAAAUUUUGGCUCCCUGACAAGGGUGCGUACUUGGACACCAUCAGCGCUGAAGGUGUGGUUGACAACAGCUAUCGCGGGCAGAACUCCAACAUGCACAUGUGCGAGGCACUGAUUGCAGCAUUUGAAGCCACUGGCGAGCAGCGCUACUUGGAUCGCGCGGAAGUUUUGGCAGAGACCUUUGCUUCGAAGCUGGCGGCGAAAGGUGGUGGCUUUGUUUGGGAGCACUACACCGUCGACUUCGAAAUUGAUUGGGAGUACAACAAGAACGACCCUUCCAACAUCUACAGACCUUGGGGCUUUCAACCAGGGCAUCAGAUUGAAUGGGCAAAGAACCUUCUGAAUAUUCACCGGCAUCGACCCAAAUUCUGGAUGGUGAAUCGGGCCAAGGAGCUCUUUGAUGGGGCGUGGGAUCUUUCUUGGGAUCCUGUCUAUGGUGGUUUAGUAUAUGGCUUCGGGCCGGACAGGAAGUGGUGCGAUGAGGAGAAGUAUUUUUGGGUUCAGGGCGAAUCACUUGCCACUGCUUCCCUUCUCUAUGAGGCAACAAAGGAUCCUUUGUAUGUGGAGAAGUAUGUUUGCCUUUGGCAGUACGUCUGGGAGCAUUGGGUGGACCAUGAACAUGGAGGCUGGUUGUGCUUCAAAAUGUCCCGGGACAACAAGCGCUUCAACGAUGAGAAGGCCAUCGCUGGUGGAAAGUGCGACUACCACACCUUGGUCUCAUGUGUCGAGGCGCUGCGACCCUUCAUGUGA